AUGUCACUUGAUGAAAUCAAUAAAAUAGAAUCAAAUGGAAGUACAGCUUUACAUGUCGCAUGUUAUUAUGGUCAUUAUGAUAUUGUUAAGAUGCUCUUAAAUGCAGGCGCAUCUCGUUCCAUACGCAAUCGACGGUACAGAUUGACUCCAUUUGAGGAAGCACAUGACGAUGAAAUUCGAAGAUUAUUUUAUCGUAUUAAUAGUAUAAAUAAUAUAACUUCUGAUGCAGACAACGACCGUUUCACUGGAUUAUCUGGACAUGCAGAAUGGGUGGUGGAAUCUAAGCAGGCAGCAGAUUGGAAGACCAAUCUCUAUAAAUGGCUAAAACUUGAACAAUCUUUCGAUGAAGUAAUUGCUUUUCUAAAUGAACAUUACAUAGCUGAUCAUGUGGUUCGAGCAUGUCUUUCUGAGCAUGACAAGCAAGUGAUUCAAUGGUUCUUUCAUCAAGCAGCUUUACAGCAAAAUGCUCAAUAUAUUGUAAAAGCAUACACAUCUGCCACGCAAUUUUAUGCUAUAGUUAACACUCAUCUAGCCAAAUGUCUAUUGCGAUUCUUUCGCUGGAACUAUGAUGUACGACAUGCUAAUACAUUGGAGAAAUCUGUCGGCUAUCUAGCUUCCAUUUUCAUAUACCAUCCAGAUUUACGUUUGCUCAGUUAUACAGGUACAAUUUAUAGGGGAAUGAUACUUAGCCGACAUGAUCUCUGUAUUUACAAUGUUGGCAAGCGAUUAUUGAAUAAAUCAUUUCUUUCAACAUCUAUUGAUCGCCACGUAGCGGAAGUAUUUGCUGGAGCUGGUGACUCAAAAUCCAUGCGACAAAAUUUAAAUCAUGAUCCUAUUCAAUAUAUGACACUCUGCAUCUAUAAAAUCAUAAAUCCAGAUACGGCCUUGCAAAUUGGAUCGAUUUCUGAAGUACCAUUAGAACAAGAAGUACUUAUCAUGCCAUUGUGUGCUUUUCAAAUCAAAUCGGUUAAAAAAAAUUUAGGCAACGAUAGUGAUAUUGAUGUUGAAAUAGAACUGGAAGAGUGUGCUAGUAGUUCCUUUGAUAAUAUUAAUCAAUCAACUGAAUCUGUGCCUAAUAGUUCACAUUCACGAAUAGUAUGCUAG